AUGACCAAGCGCACAAAGAAGGUUGGUGUGACCGGAAAGUACGGUACCCGUUAUGGUGCUUCGCUGCGUAAGACCGUGAAGAAGAUGGAAAUCACUCAGCACUCGCGGUACGCAUGCCCCAACUGCGGCAAGAACGCCGUCAAGCGCUCAGCAGUCGGUAUCUGGAAGUGCAAGCCCUGCCGCAAAGUCUACGCCGGCGGAGCAUACACCUUCGGAACACCCUCAGCCGCCACUGUUCGAUCUACCAUCAGGCGUCUGCGGGAAGUCGGAGAGCAGUAG